AUGCCAAUUAGUACACAAGACGAAGAUGAUGACAGAGGUCUUUUCACUAAUAAGACCACUAUGAUGGCAAAUUUUGAGCAAUGGAUCAAAAUGGCAACAGAUAAUAAGAUCAAUUCGCGCAAUAGUUGGAAUUUUGCUCUUAUAGAUUACUUCCAUGAUUUAAACGUACUGAAAGAUGCCGAAGAUAAUAUCAACUUCCAAAAGGCUUCGGCGACCUUAGAUGGUUGUGUCAAAAUCUACUCGUCAAGGGUAGAUUCAGUCGCCAAUGAAACUGGCAUACUACUUAGUGGGCUGGCUCAACGGAAGAACCAACAGCUGGCCCAGGGGAUAAAUGAUGAUCCCGAUGGCUCUCAUAGAGAAAUUGAGGGAGCUGAAGGAGCAGUUUCUAUAGAUCCAGACACCGGCCUACCAAUUUCCAACGAGCUAGAUAGCGUAAACCGAAGACGUAACUACAAUCGGGUACUGGAAACGACACUUGUGGAUUUUGACACAUUAAGGAUGCGAGAAUUAGACCAAGAAUUAAGUAUCGAUCCACUAUUCAAGAAAGCGCUCGCGGAUUUUGACGAAGGAGGUGCCAAAAGUUUGCUCAUCAAUACGUUGCACGUUGACAAGACCGGACGAAUCGUAUUCGACGCAACAACUAGUCAGGAACAUCAGGACGACGGCCGUAAAGACCAAAAUUCACAAGAAGUCAAUAAAGGCAUACCGACAGAGCAUGCCGAUGAUACCGCGAAAAGCGAAGGUGAAGACGAAGACGGAGACAUUAUCAUGGGCGAUGGCGCAGACAAAUCCGACCGAACGAAGGACGAAUCGGCACUAUUAGAGAACACCCCCGAACCGCAUAGUAUAGAAAGAAGCAGUCUGUCGAUGGUCGAUCAGAGUGUCGACGUAGAGGACGAAAUUUUAGCCCUUGGCAUGGAUUUGAUUGAUUUUAAAUUCAUUAACGAAGCUGAACUGUGCCCGUCGGUCAAACGACUGAAAGAUGUCGUUAUGGAUGUGACCAAAGCAAAAUCCUUCAUCGACGAUGUGAACAACAAGAAUGAUAAUUUUUUGACUGAUCAAGAUCUCCAAGACGCCUGGCCGGGAGCUCCUGACAACAAUGAGGAUGGGUUUGACCUUCCCGCCGAUGGGAGUUUUGGUUUGAACGAAGAUCUGUACGAGGAAUUAAAUCCUGAAAACGAAGACCAGGUUGGUGAACCGCUUAAUGAUAACGAUGGUAGAUCCCAAGAUAAUGUGACAAGUACCGUCAUAGAUCAGAAUGUUAUGGCAUAUUUUGAUGAAACUAUGAAAAAGAAUUGGCGGGGCCGAGAGCAUUGGAAAGUCAUAAAUUUCAAGAACAGGUUAGGAUCGAAAUUCAGUGAGGGCGGUAGUGAGAAUAAGGUAGCCAGAGAUGACGAAAUGACGGGGAAGGAGAAAGAACUAGAGAAGCCCAAAAAAUCAGUUAAGCAGAGGCUCUCUAUUGACUUUCAUAACUUUGAUCAGUCGGCAGAAGAGAGAAUUUUCGAGAAGAAAAAAGGUACCAUUGAAAUGGCUAUGAAACAACGGCAUAACCCCUCUCAUUAUUUAUUGCCAGAUGACUAUCAGUUUUCAACUCAAAAGAUUACAAGGCUUUUUAUAAAACCAAGUCAGCAGAUGAGCUUCUUUUCCCACAACAGGUCUGCAGCAGACCGACAACGCAUGGGAAACACCCUUAAGAUUGAUGAUACAACUGUCAAUGAAAAUGAGGAGCCAGCAGGCUUGGCCGAUCAAAACUUCUGGGCCCAAAACUACCAGUUAAGGGAAGAAGAACUGGCUAACAAUGAUAGCGUUGGAUCUGAUCUCAACCCCGUUGACAACAUGCCGAACCCCUUCGAUGACAAUGAUGGCAUUGAUUUUAAUCAAGCUUUUGGCAGCGAAGAAAACGAACUACCAGACAUUGGAUCACCGGAGCAACCGAUAGCCGGGUCGGCUGGUGGAUUAACACAGGCCCUGGGCAAACCAGACGGCAAGGUGACCUAUUCUAGAGUUUCAAAAAAGGUGGACAUCAAGAAGCUCAAAGACAAUAUUUGGAACUCAAUCAACAAUGAAUUAAAAAGUAUGGAGAGCCAAGGCCCAGAUAAAGCCUUUGAAAAAAGUCCCGAGCAGGAUCAAGGCGACGAGGAGCUUGGAUCCAGCGACCAAAGAACAACAGAAGGCCCCCAGACAGCCAUCAACAUGAAAUUCACAGAAAUCACAGACCGGAUUGCCACAAUGUACACAGGGGAUAGGAAGAAAGAUCUAUCCACGAGUUUUUGUUUCAUUUGCUUACUUCAUUUGGCGAACGAGCAUGGGUUCACUGUAGACUCUACGGACGAUUUUGCUGAUCUUGCCAUAAAAUUUCAAGAAACCCGAACUCUACAAAAGGCACAAAGUGUUAACGGGAGUGAGUUAUCUACCUAG